UAUGUAUAUGGUUGAAAGUGUGUACUUUUCCUUUACAUCUUCGCAACAUUAUCAGAAUCUGAAAAUACUUUUUCUGUGAUGCUUUAGUCCCAGCUUCUCUUUCUCUACUUUCUAGCAUAUCACUUGCUUCGUGAUCACUAAAGUUAGAAUUAAAUUGAACGCGUGUUAGUAUGGUUAGUCUAUUUUUAAACACACAUCCUAGAACAAAAUCAUGAUCGCACAUACUGUUCGUGACUAAAGAAGACUCGACACCUUUUUUUCUUUGUUUCUUUUCAAAGUGAAAAGAAAUAAGCUUUGAUAUUCUAAUAUCAAUAUUCGCAUAUAUAUCACUGAUACUUUAACGGAAGAAAAGUUUUUUCAUUAUCAAAAAGUGAAUUUGAGAAACAAAUUUAAAAUUUUUAUAUUUAAUAUUUUCGAAUAUUACAAUGACUAGACAACUUUAAAAAAUUUUGUUAAUAAAAACUUACAAUGGAUACACGCCAAACGCGUGUAGAAAUUCUUCUCUUUGUUAUCGCAAUUUUCGGAUUAUUUUCAUUUGGAAAUGCAGCAUCCGCACAUAUACACUCUCAUCAACAUAACAAACCUGGUAGUAAUGAAAGAACAGAAGAUGGUGCAUUUAGUCCACGAGAUAUGGAUCAUUAUGCAGGAGGAGAACAUCAUCAGGAAUUUGAUCAUGAAGCUAUUCUUGGAAGUGUAAAAGAAGCGGAAGAAUUUGAUAAACUUCCAACACAAGAAUCAAAACGACGUUUAGGAAUUUUAUUAACAAAGAUGGACUUGAAUAAUGAUAAAUUCAUUGAAAGAAAUGAACUAAAAGCUUGGAUUUUGCGUUCUUUUAGCAUGCUUUCUGCUGAAGAAUCUCAAGAUCGAUUAGAAGAUACUGAUACAGAUGAAGAUGGUAAAGUCAGUUGGAAUGAAAUUCUCCAAGAUACAUAUGGCACUGAUCCAGAAGAUUUAGCAGUAGAUGAUAAACUUAUUAGUGAUGACAAACAGACAUUUGAGGCUGCUGAUAUAAACAAAGAUGGUCAUUUAGAUAAAGAAGAAUUCAAAGCCUAUACACAUCCAGAAGAAACACCAAGAAUGUUUCCACUUCUUUUGAAACAAGCUCUAGAUGACAAAGAUACAGAUAAAGAUGGUUUUAUUAGCUUUCAGGAAUUUAUUGGAAAUAGAGCUAAAGCUGAAGAUAAAGAAUGGUUAUUGAUAGAGAAAGAUAAAUUUGAUUAUGAACAUGAUAAAAAUGGAGAUGGAAGAUUAGAUUCAGAUGAAAUACUUUCUUGGCUAGUGCCAAGUAAUGAGGAAAUUGCAAGCGACGAAGUCGAUCAUUUAUUUGCCGCAUCUGACGAUGAUCACGAUAAUAGAUUAUCGUUUGACGAAAUUUUGGAUCAUCAUGAUGCUUUUGUAGGUAGUGAAGCUACAGACUAUGGAGAUCAUUUACAAGAUAUCGGACGUUUUACGGAUGAACUUUGAAAUCACUUGAUAAAUACAUUAGUAAAAUUUUUACUUCUUUUCAUAAUAACUGUCAAAAACUUACAUGGUUAAAAAUAUUUUCAAUACUUUUAGCUCUUAUAUGUUUUAGUAUUCCUCUUUAUGCUGGAUUUUAAAUAUAUUUGUAUAAACACCGAUAUAAAGUCAUUGCACAAACUGAUUUAAAAUACUCAAAUAGUGUUUCAUAAACCACAGUCUUCCAUUUUUAAAAAAAGUUUUGUGCCAUAAAAAAAACCAUAGCAUCGUAUUAUAAAAAUAUUAAUAUUAUAAUAUUUAUGUUAUAUAUUGUUUAUGAAAGUUACUAGAAUUAUACUCUCUCAUUUUUAUUAUUUAUUAUAUAACUGACUAUUUAUAUGAAUUGAUAUCAUUUUUGCGAAAUUAUAAGAAUGAGUCAAGUAAAAUAACAAUUUAGAAAAAUAGUCAUUUAAAAUGUUAGAUUUAUUAUUGUUUAAUAUUUAUACAAACGUAUAUUUAUUAUUAUAUACAAAAACUAAACAAAUUAUUCUAUAUAUUUAGCUUUAUUCAUAAAUCAAUUUUAUUAAAAAUUAUAAGUACACGAAAUAAUUAUGUUUAUAGCAUCUAAAUAUACUUUGAUGCAAUUUUGUUUACUUUUUGUAUUACGUGACGAAUAAUAUGUAUUAUGAACUUUUU